AUGAAUUUUUAUUCUGCUAACGAAUCCUUCCCGCUAACGGAUUACUUGCCGCAAAAUCCCGUCGAACCCUAUUUUCGGGAUUAUUGGAUGGCUAUGACCGAUCGUUAUACUAAAUUUCAAAUUGCAACUUGGGGAUCGUUGAUCGUUCAUGAGCUGGUUUAUUUUGGCGCAUGUGCGCCUGGAUUUAUGGCUCAAUUUAUCCCGUUCAUGCAUUACUUCAAGAUUCAAAAGGAUAAGCCUGAAACUUUCGACAAGCAAUGGAAGUGUUUCAAGCUGCUCAUGUUUAAUCACUUCCUUAUUCAGCUGCCUCUGAUUUGUGGUACAUAUGCGUUUACUCAAAUGUUUGGAAUUCCAUAUGACUACGCAUCGAUGCCUGCUUGGUACAUCAUCGCGAUGCAAGUACUUGGAUGUGCUGUAAUAGAAGAUACCUGGCAUUACUUUUUACAUCGAAUCAUGCACGAUAAGCGAUUUUAUAAGUAUGUUCAUAAAGUACACCACAAUUUUCAGGCACCUUUUGGUAUGACAGCGGAAUAUGCCCACCCGGUGGAAACUGUUGUUCUUGGUAUGGGUUUCUUUAUUGGAAUUCUUACCUUCUGUACUCAUGUUGUCCUUCUCUGGGCUUGGGUUACAGUAAGGCUAUUGGAGACGAUCGAUGUUCAUAGUGGCUAUAACCUACCUUACUUAAACCCAUUUCAUUUGAUUCCGUUUUACGCUGGUGCGAAAUUUCAUGAUUUUCAUCAUAUGAAUUUUACUGGCAAUUAUUCAUCUACCUUUUCAUACUGGGAUCGAAUAUUUGGAACAGAUCAACAAUAUCAUAAGUAUGUAGGGGAAAAGCAAAAAGCAGCACUGAAAAAAUCUGAAUAA